AUGUUGAGCCUUCUACGGUGGAUAUCCACAUUCUUUCACGGGAGCAACACGUCUGAAGAAAUAUCAGAGGAAGAGCCUCAAGAUAACACCAAGUUGAAGUCUAUUCAGGGAGUGGUCACGUCUCUGUGCAAUUACUAUGGCUGGAUCAAUGUCAUCCUCUUCAACAUGGAGGUAAUCAGUGAAAACGUGCCUCUGAAGAUUGGGACCAAUGUCCUUGCCCUUGUGGAACAAGAUGAAGUAACUCAUACCCUGAAAGCAAUCAAGGUGAAAGCUAUGAAUGAUCUUCCUGAGGGCAGUGAGCCGUCAAAACUUGGCAGAAGGCUUUGUAUUAGAUGUGUCACCUCUGUAACUGAAGAAGACGUGUAUAUCAGCGAGGACGUGUCUUUCCCAUUAUACCUCUUUUCUGGCGCAUUCAAACCUUUCAAAGGAGACUUGGUACUGGUUGAGUAUUCCAUGAAUGCAGGAACUUCAAACAUCAAUAUCCACUCUGUGAGCCCCCUCAACUCUCAGGACAUAGAUGAGGUCUAUAUUUCUAGCAUUGAUGGAAGAAAUGGCAUGGUGGAAGCCAGAGUCUUUUUCACCCUCGACUCUCUCCAGAUACCUUCCGGGUAUACACCUGGAUUAUACGACAUUGUAGAUGUGGUCGCUGUCGACAGUAUCCAGCAACACUGUUCACUGAGGGCAGUAUCAGUGACCCCAGUAGAAGUGGAGAUUUAA